GGCUGGUUCCAUUGUAAUAAGGUGCAGAGUCUAGGGCAAACUCAUAAUUUUGAUUUCCCGCCCAAAGCCGCUCAGAGCCCAAGACGACCAAUCAAUAAUAAAUGUGUGGAAAGUGAGUCGCCUCUGGUCUGGACACCAAGAACCUCUCCUGUUGCAGUCGCUGCCCUGCAACUCUCUCUCAUCGCCCAUCUGAAAAUUUUCGAGAACUUGGGAUACAAGCUUAGAAAUGGUGGCGGACGAGGAAGUGAAGAACGAAGGCGCUGCUGAUUCUCCAACUUCUGUCCUUGAAGACGAGGGUGAUUGCAAGGAGAAAAUCGAAGUGAAGUUGGAGGAAGAAAUACUUCUGGCUCCAAAAAAUGGAGAUUCUUCUCUUAUAUCAAGAGCCAUGGCAGAGGAGGAAGGAAAGCUACUGGAAGCCAGGGUGAAGGAAGAGGAAGAAGAAAGAGUGAAUGAGCACAAGGAGGCACCCUACUUGAAUGACACCCAGUUCACUAAAUUGGAGGAGCUUCUAACACAAACCCAGCUUUACUCAGAAUUUCUGCUGGAAAAAAUGGAUGACAUCACAAUUAAUGGACUGGAAGAGGAGGGUGGAACUGUUAAAGAGAAAAAGAAAGGCCGAGGUUCAAAAAGAAAAGCUGCUACAGAUUACAACAAUAGGAAGGCCAAGAGAGCUGUUGCAGCCAUGCUUACGAGAUCUCGAGAAGGUACUGCUCUGGAUGAUAUGAACCUCACUGAGGAGGAGAAAGCUGAAAAAGAGCAGGCUGAAAUUGUGCCUUUGUUGACUGGCGGAAAGUUGAAACCUUAUCAAAUCAAAGGCGUGAAGUGGUUGAUCUCGUUGUGGCAAAAUGGCCUGAAUGGUAUCCUAGCAGAUCAAAUGGGGCUUGGCAAGACAAUUCAAACUAUUGGCUUCCUUGCACACUUAAAAGGGAAAGGCUUGGAUGGGCCCUAUUUAGUUAUUGCUCCUCUUUCUACCCUCUCGAAUUGGGUAAACGAGGUAUCAAGGUUUGUUCCCUCAGUGAAUGCAAUUAUCUACCAUGGAAAUAGAAAAGAAAGAGAUCAGAUAAGGAGGAAGCACAUGCCUAGAACAAUUGGCUCAAAAUUUCCCAUUAUAAUUACUUCUUAUGAGGUUGCAAUGAAUGAUGCAAGAAAGCACCUGAGGCAUUACAAUUGGAAAUAUCUUGUUGUUGAUGAGGGCCACAGGUUAAAAAACUCAGAAUGCAAAUUACUGCGUGAGCUGAAGUUCUUACCUGUUGAAAAUAAGCUUUUAUUAACUGGGACACCUCUCCAGAACAACUUGGCUGAGCUUUGGUCAUUGUUGAACUUCAUUUUGCCUGAUAUAUUCUCAUCCCAUGAAGAAUUUGAAUCAUGGUUUGAUCUUUCUGGUAAGUGCAACAAUGAAGCCAUGAAGGAAGAAUUGGAAGAGAAGAGAAGGGCUCAAGUGGUGGUGAAACUCCAUGCCAUAUUGCGUCCCUUCCUCCUUCGAAGAAUGAAAGCUGAUGUUGAGCAGAUGCUCCCUCGAAAAAAAGAGAUCAUUUUAUAUGCUAACUUGACUGAGCAUCAAAAGAAUUUUCAGGAUCAUCUAGUUGAUAAGACACUGGAAAACUAUUUGCUAGAGAAGUUGGACACUGGACGUGGAAUGAAAGGGAAGCUUAAUAAUUUGAUGAUUCAACUUCGGAAGAACUGCAACCAUCCUGAUCUCUUAGAGUCGGCCUUUGAUGGCUCAUAUUUCUACCCGCCCGUAGAACAGAUAGUUGAACAGUGUGGCAAGUUUCGAUUGUUGGACAGAUUGCUGAAAAAGUUAUUUGCUCGCAAUCACAAAGUUUUGAUCUUCUCCCAGUGGACCAAGAUUUUGGAUAUAAUUGAUUACUAUUUUAGUGAAAAGGGAUUUGAAGUUUGUAGAAUCGACGGCAAUGUAAAAUUGCCUGAGCGAAGAAGACAGAUCGAGGAGUUCAAUGAUGUGAACAGUAAUUACAGAAUAUUUAUUCUCAGCACUAGGGCUGGUGGGCUGGGUAUCAAUCUUACUGCAGCUGAUACCUGCAUUUUGUAUGACAGCGACUGGAAUCCUCAAAUGGAUUUACAGGCGAUGGAUCGGUGUCAUAGAAUAGGUCAAACAAAGCCGGUUCAUGUUUACAGGCUGUCAACAGCUCUAUCGGUAGAGGGUCGAAUUCUGAAGAGAGCUUUCAGUAAGUUAAAGCUUGAGCAUGUGGUGAUUGGUAAAGGGCAGUUUCAGCAAGAAAGAACCAAGCCUAACAGUGCAGAUAUGGAGGAAGAGGACCUCUUGGAACUGCUCCGAGAUGAAUAUGAUGCAGAAGACAGGAUGAUACAAACAGAAAUUAGUGAUGAGGAUUUGGAGAGGGUGUUGGAUCGCAGUGAUCUGAUUGCUUGUCCUCCAUCAAAUGAAGGUGGACAACCUGAUUUUGCUGCUAGUGUGCUCCCCCUUAAAGGGCCUGGUUGGGAGGUGGUGAUUCCAACUGCAAGUGGAGGCAUGCUCUCCGCUCUCAACAGCUGAUAGACUUGUUUAAUGUGGAGAUUUGGGUCGCAGGUUUUUUUGGAUGCUAUAUUGAGAUCCUGCACUUUCCGAGUAUUUUUGGGAUGCCAUUUUUUUUUUGGCAUUUUUAGGAUCCUGGAGUAUUAAGGGUGGGAUUUGCCCUAGCUGAAAUAUGCUUUUGGUGAGCAAUGUCUCUAAUUAUCUCCCUGGAAUGGAGCUAUUUUGUAAAUGGAUCAAAAGUAUGUCCAGUGUCUUACUAAAGUUAUUGGAUGACAUUUCAAAUAGUCGAAUGAGAAAUUAUGAAAAUUCAGAGUGAUUUGGAAGAA